UCACAGGACGAGAACUCCCGAAGUUUUUUUGUGUCGUUAAACAGAAUUUACUUACUAGAACUGCGUAGAUAGACGGUGAAAGGUCAUCAGUCACCACUUCUUCGCAUCUAAUUUGCGAAUUUCAUCAAGAAAGUAGAAAUGGAAAAUGGAAAAAGAGGUGAAGUGGUGGUUUCAGCUCUGCAGUUUGCUUGCACCGAUGAUGUCUCCACAAACGUUGCCACUGCUGAAAGGUUGGUGAGAGCUGCUCAUGCGAAGGGUGCAAACAUCAUCCUUAUUCAGGAACUCUUUGAGGGUUAUUAUUUCUGUCAAGCACAAAGAGAGGAUUUCUUUCAGCGAGCUAAGCCUUAUAAGGGUCAUCCUACAAUUCUCAGAAUGCAGAAGCUUGCGAAAGAGUUGGGUAUAGUGAUACCUGUUAGCUUCUUUGAAGAGGCAAAUAAUGCUCAUUACAAUUCAGUUGCUAUUAUUGAUGCUGACGGAACCGAUCUUGGACUUUAUAGGAAGUCCCAUAUCCCUGAUGGACCAGGGUAUCAGGAAAAGUUCUAUUUUAAUCCUGGGGACACUGGGUUUAAGGUUUUCCAAACAAAAUUUGCAAAAAUUGGAGUUGCAAUAUGCUGGGAUCAGUGGUUUCCAGAGGCAGCCCGAGCCAUGGUUCUGCAAGGUGCUGAGAUAUUGUUUUACCCUACUGCUAUCGGUUCUGAACCUCAAGAUGAUGGACUUGAUUCCUGUGAUCACUGGAAACGAGUGAUGCAAGGGCAUGCUGGAGCUAAUGUGGUUCCUCUUGUGGCUUCAAAUCGCAUUGGGACAGAAAUAAUAGAGACAGAGCAUGGAAACAGUAAAAUUACAUUCUAUGGAAAUUCUUUUAUAGCUGGACCAACUGGAGAAAUUGUUGCUGCUGCUGAUGAUAAAGAGGAAGCUGUUCUUGUUGCACAAUUUGAUCUUGAUAAAAUUAAAUCCAAGAGAUUUAGCUGGGGAGUAUUUCGUGAUCGACGUCCACAAUUAUACAAAGUUCUUUUGACAUUAGACGGCAUCAAUCCCUCAGUGUGAAUUUUGUGACCCUUAACCAUUAUUACCUUGUGGAGGUUGGAUGUUGCUUCUUUUGUGCAUUCAGAACUUUGAUAGAUGUAUGAAGAGGACAUCUUGCGUACUGGCAUAAGGAAAUUAACAGAGCAAAAAUGAGCAUGUCAGUGGGAAAAUCACAAAUUUUCUUGUGUACUAAUUCUAUAUACUUGCCCGAUGAAUUGCAUUGAGUGAAUGAAAUUAUUCAGCAUGUAAUAAUACCCUGUGAUUGCAGAAUGUAAAGAUUUGAUAAGCCAGACUUGAUUUGGUUAAAAUUCUUUUUUUA